CCUUCCGGGUCUUAUUUUGAAUCUUUGAUGCCCCUUGUUCCCGACACGCCGAUCUCUCUGCGCGGCUCUUCAUCUCUGCAUCUUUACCCCGCUAAUAAGCAUCCACCAUGAGUCCGUGAAUUUUCACUGCUCUGGAAUCCAGAGUCCUUUCACCGUCUCUCAGGACUCAGGAGAGUAACGGGAGGCCCAGGUCCUUUGGUAGCGCCGGUUGGUUUCUUGUAGCCAGCCUCCCGUUCUCGCGCUCCCUCCUCCAACUCGCUGCGAGCGGCUCGUUCCCUAUCAAAUUUUAAGUGUCAGGCUUCCAGUCUUGUCUCCUGCUCGGCGUGCUAUGGCGUCGCUAAAGCUAAGCGCGCUGCGCUUAUCGUGCGCUGCCAUCUCGCCGCUGAUCCUAACAAUCCUCCUCCUUUCGAUCUGCGCACCCGCCGUCGACGCUCAGGACAGCCUGCUCAUCGACUGCUACCGCUGGGACGGGGCCGUGUCACCGAACAACACCAAGUGCCCGAACUCGAACGCCUGCUGCGGACCCAAGGCCACCUGUCUGUCGAACCGGCUCUGCGCCAACCCCGGUGACUCGCCGAAUCUAUGGAUACGUGGGCCUUGCGCGGUGAAGGGCUGGGAUGACGGCUGUGCGCAGAUCUGCAAGUACAUAGAGGAGAAAGGGUUGUUCCCCCGAGUGGUGCCGUGCGCCGACGGCAGCCUCUGCUGCAACAAUGAUCCGCAAUGCUGCCAGAAUGGAAAGGGCAUCUUCCUGGACGAGAGCGGGGAGGUAGCAUCUGCCAAAGCGACGGCCGCCACUACCACCUACCCUGUCGUCAGCGGCGGCUUGUCCAGGACCACGUUGACCCCAAGCACCAGCACUACAAGCACCAGUACCACAACCACCUCGUCCUCCUCAUCUUCCGACGCAUCGACGACAUCGACUACACUCUCCAACGCGGCGGCGACCACCGCUUCCUCAGCAACUCCUACACCCACACCGGAAUCGACCUCAGACGACGACGACGCCAACACCGGCCUGAAAGUCGGUCUCGGCCUGGGCAUCCCGCUGGCCGUCAUCGUCGGGGCCCUCUUGGCAUACCUUUUCUUCCGUAGGCGAGCCCGCCACGCCAGCAACGCCGUCGAAACAGCCACAGUCACAGCCACAGCCACAGCCGAGCCGCCCGUAUACGAGCAAGGGAUGGCCCAACAAGUCUACUACACGGGCGUGCCCAAGCAGCCCGGGUUCCACGGCACGGGCAACUCCCCGGUCGAGAUCAUGGGGAACAUGGCGACCGAGUUGGACAGCAAUGAGUACUCCCCCUCUACUAAGGGGAGCCAUCCUUACUCGCCUUACUCGCCUCAGGGGAGCCACCAACCUUAUUCGCCGGCGGGAAGCCAGCCUUAUCCACCUCAGGGGAGGUAUGAACUUAGUUAGGCUCAUUAAUGUUGAAUAUAUGUCUCAACGGUGGUUGUGGUCA